UCGCCCAAACCCUAAAAAAGAAAAAAAAAACUUUCCUUCGAUCCAAAGGAAAUCUCCAAACCCUAGCACGUCCUCCGCCGGCCCCCCCGCACCCCAUGGCGCAGCUUGUCCGACCUCGCGACCGCGACCGCUACAACCAACCAAAGCACCCCUCUCCCCUCUCCUCCCCUCCUCCGACGCUCGGAGGCGACCAGCAACCCACGUCCCUAUUUCGUCGUCCCGACCUAAUUCUUCUUCCCGACGGUCGACGAAUCUCUAUCUACGAAGAUAGGCAUGGAGUUCUCGUCACCGAUGCCCUCCGCUGGUCGACACGACCCGUCGAAGAUGUCUACAUGGAAGUCCUCUACGAUCUCCAGACGAGUCCGCGCGAUCUUCCACCCCCCAUCGCGGAGCCCGUCCCACGCCGCCACCGCGGCCGAGAUGCCCACCAACCCCCUAUCCGAUGUAUUCUUCCUGACAAGCGAAUAAUCCAUGCCUACAAUGAUAGGCACGGGGUUCUCGUCACCGACGACAUGGACGGGUCGACACGACGUGUCGAAGAUCUCUUCAGGGAAGUCAUCUCCGACCUGCCCCGCUAUCGUCCACCGCCCCACAUGGCGAAGCCCGCCCGACGCCACCACCUCGGUGGCGAUCCCCACAAACCCCUUCUUAUCCUAUGUCUUCUUCCUGACGACCGCAUAAUUCAUGCCUACAGUGAUAUGUAUGGGUUUCUCGUCACCAAAGACAUGAACGGGUUGACACGGCCCGUCCAAGAUGUCUUCAGGGAAGUCCUCUACGACCUCUGGACGAGGCCCCGCGAUUCUCCACCGCCGGUUGUUGAUGCCACCGAGGAAGAUCAGACUGCAGCUGAACAAACGGCCACUCCAAGCCCUCAUCCCUCCGGAUCGCAAUUCAUCGAUGAUCUGCUGAACAGAGCUUCUGUUGCCCAAAAGCUGAAGCUGGCUCAAAUGCGUGAGGACAGAGAACCAACUGUCUUGGCCUCGAAGGAGCUUCUUGGCACUACAACACUGGAAGAGUCAUCAAUUACUAAUGCUUUGUCUCUGCUGCAGCCUACACUGCGUGAGGACAAAGAACCAAAUGUCUUGACCUCGAAGGGGCUGCUUGGCACUACAACACUGGAGGAGUCAAUCACUAACGCCUCCUCUCUGCUGCAGCCUACACUGCAUGAGGACAGAGAACCAAAUGUCCUGGCCUCGAAGGAGCUGCUUGACACUACAACACUGGAGUCAAUCACUAACGCUUCCUCUCCGCUGCAGCCUACACCAUUGCAGCCAGAUAUGUUGUCAUCCAAGGGCGCUUCCUCCACAUGGGCAGAGGAGGUGACUCACUCGCUGACGCCGCCCAUUUUGGCCCGGAAACCUGCCGGUUGGAAUCAUCAAUUUUUCAUCAGAGUAGAUCUUGGGGGAUUUUUCCACACAUAUCCUGAGCUGGGUGGGCCGUUCCGGAGCUUGGAGGAAGCUAACAAGGCUAUACUCUGCCACCUUGAAAAACUACGUGAUCGGAAAAUGUGCACAAACGAUGGGCUUUCCAGUUCGGAGAUUGCUAUAUGAGAUGCUCUUCACUGGCCAGAUGGCACGAGGAAGUAUUCUUCGAGAUCCAAUCCGGAUGAAGAUCAUAUGGGGCUAUUGAUUCAAGCUUUGUUGGACAAGUACAAUGAGGAGAAUAAUCUUUUGGGGGAUGAUGCAUAUAAUGUUGAAAAUGUCGUGAGCUUCCAAGAAGUUUAUGAGGGCAAAGGUGGCUGGUACUAUCAUCUGAAUUGUACUAGAAAGACUAAAGGUGGCGUCGACAAUCUCUUCUUUGCCGAAGUCUUGAGAAUGAAUAGAGGACUACAAUUCAAGCUCACCUGUCUCCAUAUGGUUAAACCUGCUGUUGAUAACGUUAAAUGAAAUAUGAAGGUACAUGCUAUGGUUGUAAAAAAACCAAUGUUAGUAUGAAGCACCCCAUUGACGCUGGUAAAUACAAAGGUGGCCACGAUCCCUUGUGGCCACCACGGCUUUGCGUGGUUCUUCCACCGGAUUUGCCUGAGGGUUUUGAUGCUAAGAUGAAAGCUAUGGAGGAAAGGAUUAGAUAUCAAUUCCAGGACUGAUGUGUUGAUAUCGGAUGCUGGAAGAACUGUUGCUGCUGAUGGUUUGGACAAGAGCCAGCUGGGAAGAAGGGGCUUCCCAGCUGCUGAUGCUAGGAUUAACAAGGAAAGGAUUGGAUAUGUAUACGGGGACCGUGAUGUGGCAAAAUCGGAUGCUGGAAGGCCUGCUGCUGGUUUGGAGGGAAAUUGGGGCACGUACGUUAUACCGCCGAUGCGUCUGAAGGUUUGAGAAGAUGGACCUGACUGUCUAUCAGUUUGGAAUUACUGUCCGAUGGUCUAACAAAAAAGUGGUUAUGGGACAGUUAAAGUUUUAUUUUGCAUGUCUUUGAAUCACGUAGCUGGAUCAUCGUUUUCUAGCAUGUGUGGUACAUCCAAAUAUGCAAGUAAGACGAAUUGCAAGUUUUAUUUUGCAAGACUAGCCUGGCGUAAAUCCAAGUUGUUAGGUUGGCUUUUAAACAGCGACGCACAUGUACAGCUCCCAAAUUUGGUCCUUGACCAUUCUUGUAUAAGAAACCCUUAAAUAAACGGCGACGCACAUGCACCGAAUAAUCUGUACUUGCCAAUUAAUUA